UUCCUCAACAUAAUUUAGUCACAGAAUAAACUAUAUAGGUUUAUACUGCAUUAUACUGUUUAUACUGUGGUUUAAUUAUGGUCAGUUAUGGUUUAGUUCAAUAGUUUAGUUUAAUUCAGUUUAAUUCCUGAGGUUAGGACCAGUUAAGACAAGUUACAACGUGAGGGUAGUGGAAGGAGAUGGAUUAUUUUAAAUCAAUAUUACUGGAAUUUUUAAUUUUUCUAUUAUUUUUUAACAAAACAUUUGCUUUGUAUGAAGACCAAGUUGAUAAAUUUGAUUGGAAGCAGUCAUACAUAGGAAAAAUAGAAUUUGCAAACCUCGAUUCACUUAAAAAAAUAAUAGUUGCCACUGAAGAAAAUGUUAUUGCUUCAUUAAAUUUAAAAAACGGACAAAUUGUAUGGAGGCAAGUCUUAGAAAAUCCAUUAGAGCAUCGUAUUAAGUUACUUCACGUUCAGAAAGAAGCAGUGUCGGUAUCAGGUGAUGGUCAUAAUUGGUUUGUAAGAGGUUGGGACUUAUCUUCUGGCACCUUGCUACGAGAAUGGACAAUUCAUCUUGAUAAGAACAUGACAUCUUACUUUACUGUAUCAGAAAAUAAGCUAUUACAUAUUGCUGCAGUACCUCAUUCACAUAUAGAACUUAGUAAGUAUCAUUUAUUAAGUGGUCAGAAUAGUGGAAAAAGUAUCAAAAUUAAUGGACCUUGGAUAAAAGAUCUUACACAAUGUACCAUAAGUGGCUUAUUUUUUGCAUGUCUUGACGAAAACAAAGUAAAAUAUAUAAAUCUACUCCAAGAACAAAAAAUGUAUGCUUAUGAUUUGAGUGAUGUAGGAAAAGAAUCUGAGUCUAUGUCAAUUCUGCCUUUUAAAUCUACUGAAUCUUCAGUUAUCUUGGUAAAAAAUGAUAAUGCCAAAGUGCUACGCCUAAACCCUGAUGGAUCUUUUUAUCUUUUGCCAUAUGAAGUAUCUCCUUCAGUUGUUUCGGCAACCAAUGGGGAACAAAAUAUAUUGCUACACAUAUCUCAAAUGGUUGAAAAUAAUGGCAAAUAUCAAAUUACAAAUUUAGAUACAUUAACUGGUGAAGAAAUAGUGUUUACCAUUGAAACAAACAAAGAAUUUUGGCAACCUAACAUUCUCUGUGCUAUUUGCAAAGGAACUGCUUGCAGGGUCUUGGUUCAAACACUAGACAACUCUUUGUCAGUUAUACAGUUGCCAUCUGGCAAAAUAGUAUGGACAAGAGAGGAAGCCUUAAGCCAAAUAGUUGCUACUGAAUUUGUGGAACUUCCUGUUUCUCCUCUAGAUGCUUCAAUUGAACAUGAGUUUGACAUCGGAUCUGGAGGUGUAAUUGACAUGUUUAAAAAAAGAAUAACCAGUCAAUUUAAUCAGUUAAAGCUUUUAAUGUCCGGAAGUCAAACUACUACAAAUACUACAUUAUGGAGAGAUGAUUUUGGUUUACAUAAACUUAUUGUAUUAGUCACUAAAGUAGGAAAGUUGUUUGUUUUGGACACUUUAACUGGAAACAUUGUUUGGUCCAAGUACUUACCAAAUACUAGUCCGUUUGAUGGGUUAAACAACCAAAUUGCAGCCCUUUUUGUCCAAAGAACAGCCCGACAUCACCCUCUUUCACCACAAUGUAUUGUUUUAAUGAAGAGCAGUAUUUCGGGAAAUGGUAUAGUGUACAUAUUUGAUCCAAUAACCGGAAAUGUUGUAAAUGUUAAAUAUUUAUCAUCACCUAUACAACAAGCUAUGCUGAUGCCCCAAGAGACGGAGAAUUUCUUAAAGCCAUUGAUCAUUUUUACUACUGAAGGACUUGUUGAGCUAGUUCCGGAAAGUGCUAUCAUGGAUUUAUAUUCUUAUAGACAUGUCUUAUUCAUGUUUAAUAUUAACAAAGACAGAAAAUCCAUAUCGGGAUACAGUUUUCGACAUAGUACUGAAAAAGAAGCAAAAGCAACGUUAAAAUGGAAUGUAGACUUUGGGCCUUCAGAAGUAGUUUCAUAUGGAAUUCGCCCCGCGUCUGAAAUUGUACAUUCUCAGGGUCGUGUUCUGGGUGACCGUUCGGUUCUAUACAAAUAUGUGAAUCCAAAUCUAAUUGCUUUAUCUACUUUAACAGAUGAUCCACUCCAUAAAAAUGUUCAUACAUUUUAUUUGAUAGAUGGAGUUUCAGGUUUAGUAAUCUACUCUGCUUGUCAUAAAAGAACCAGAGAACCAAUCCACAUAAUCCACUCAGAAAAUUGGUUAGUUUACACAUACUUUAAUGAGAGAUUUCGAAGAACUGAGGUGGUGGCUUUGGAGUUAUAUGAAGGUUCUUUCCAAAGUAACAGUACCCAUUUCAGUUCACAUGCUAUUAGUCAGCUGCCCCAUGUAGAAAGUCAGGCCUAUAUUUUACCUGCAGUUGCUUCAGCAGCUACAGUAACACUUACUGAAAGAGGUAUAACAAGCAAGCAUUUGCUUUUUGCUUUGACCAAUGGGGCCGUUACUCAGGUGCCGUGGAUGAUUAUGGAGCCUCGAGGUGCCUUUGGACCUUCUGGACCUGAAGAAGGGUUCAUUCCAUAUGUACCAGAGUUACCUCUUCCUCCUGAAGCUAACAUUAACUAUAAUCAAAGUUUGCUAAGAGUGAGAGGAAUAAGUGUGUCGCCGGCUAGAUUAGAGAGUACUUGUUUGGUUUUGGUGCAUGGUUUGGAUUUAUUUUAUACACGAGUAGCCCCGUCCAAAACUUUCGAUUUGUUAAAGGAAGAUUUUGACCAUGGACUUAUUGUUAUGGUGUUGGUUGGACUUACUAUUGCAUCUUUCGUUACGAAAUACCUUGCUUCACAAAAAGCUGUCAGGCAAAUGUGGAAGUAAGGAACACAUUUGUUGAGUUUUGUGAUUUGCGCAUUUAAUUGUAAAGGUAGUUAAUAAAAUAUAACCCAAUUAGAAAA